AUGGCCUCGGGCUCGUACAACGUGAGCGGCGGCCACGCCCCGGCGGACCGUGGCCCGACGGCGCAAAACAAGCCGGACAACACGGCCUUCACUCAGCAGCGACUCCCGGCCUGGCAGCCUCUGCUGUCGGCCGGCACGGUGCUGCCACUCUUCUUCUGCUUGGGCGUGGCCUUCUUGGCCCUGGGCUUGGGGCUCCACUUCUCCUCGGAGGACAUCCACGAGCUGGAGCUCGACUACACCGGCGCGCCAGGCUCCAGUUGCUCUCGCUGCGCCAACGUCACCAGCAGCCCCACCCGCCAUGCACCUUGCACCUGCGUGCUGCGCUUUGAGCUGCCCAUGGAUUACCCUGCGCCCGUCUGCCUCUACUAUCAGCUCUCCAACUACUACCAAAACAACCGGCGCUACAGCAUCUCCCGCGACAACGCGCAGCUCAGCGGGGACUCCUGGGCGCUGACCAACCCCGUUACUGAGUGUCAGCCUUACCAAAAGAACCACAAGCUCCCCAUCGCACCCUGCGGGAACAUCGCCAACAGCCUCUUCAAUGACACCUUCGCCCUCUACCAAGUGCUUCGCAAUGGCUCCAUGGUCUCUGUGCCCCUGGACAAGAGAGGCAUCUCCUGGUGGACCGACACCAACGUCAAGUUCCGGAACCCCGAAUUGGUCAAUGGGAGCCUGGCACUGGCCUUCAAGAACACCACCAAGCCUCCCAACUGGCCCUACCCAGUCUACGACUUGGGCAACAACACGGGCCCAAACAACACGGGCUUUGUCAAUGAGGACUUCAUUGUGUGGAUGCGCAUCGCCGCCCUGCCCACCUUCCGCAAGCUGUACGCCCGCAUCCGCCAGGGGAAUUUCUCUGUGGGGUUGCCCCGUGGCACGUACCAGCUCAAUGUCACCUACAAUUACCCUGUCCUCUCUUUCAAUGGUGGCAAGAAGGUCAUUUUCAGCACACUUUCCUGGAUGGGGGGAAAGAAUCCUUUCUUGGGCAUUGCUUAUCUCGUUUGUGGUUCGGCCUGCAUCCUCACUGGCAUUGUCAUGCUAGUUGUGCAUUUGAAAUAUCGGCACCAAAAUGAGGAAGAUUAAUGGAGCAGACUCCGACAGUCAAAAGGUUUAGGGGAGGACUGCUGCAGAAAGUUUGCUGGCCAGAUUAUUUCUGGUAUUAGAAUUGAACUUAGUUUGUAGCCUUUCUUUUUUAAAAAAGAAGCCUCAUCUUCAGAGUAGCUGAGAAUCAAGUAGAUGCCUCUGAUUGUGUGUGAGAAUGUGUGUGCUGCCAUCUUCAAUCACUAUAAUUCAGACAUGUGGGGUAUUUCUGCCAAGGAUAGCCAACCACUGCAUGGUUUUCUUUAUUCACAACAGAGAUGCCCCCAGGGAAAUCCAUGUUUAAUUAAGGGUACAGGAGACUCUCCUCUUGUUUAGUGCUUAUGAAACAUGGCCUGUUUUCAGAAUACUGAGAAGAUGUGUCCUUUGCAAAGGGGUACCGUGCCAAAGUUUUAAUAAUGAACAUUAUUAAAUGUUCAUUCAUUCAUUCAUACUUCAUCACUUUGAUUUGUUCUCCAGCAGAAUUGUUCCCAGAUUGAGAGUCCUACUGGAAUGACUUGAAUGUAGUAUCAUACAUUCAAUUUUACAGCAGUCU